UUCGCUUCAAAAUGAAUCAACAGUGUUCGAAACAACUCGGCGGAGUGCGUCGCCUUAACUGUAACGUUCGCGUUCCAAAUUCGAAUAGUAAUUCUAUUUUUGAAAUUUAAAAAUUGGACUUUUGUUUGAGUGUUGUUGUAAGAGAAUGUUAUUGCAGUGUUAGUAGUUAGUCUGUUGGUUAGUUAGUUGGUUGGUUGGUUUGUUGGCUGUUUGAAUGGAAAUGUCUCUGCCGAACGGCGUGGACGUGUCGCAGCUGGUGCAGCACCCGGUGUUGGCCGCGCUGCCGCCAUUCUUCCUCAGAGCCUCGGAACGAUAUCAGUCUGCUCUGCCCCACCAGCGGACCCCGAAGUGUGCUCGCUGCCGCAACCACGGCGUGGUGUCGGCGCUCAAGGGACACAAGCGCUACUGCCGGUGGCGCGACUGUGUCUGCGCUAAGUGCACGCUCAUCGCGGAGAGACAGCGGGUGAUGGCUGCACAGGUGGCGCUGCGGCGGCAGCAGGCGCAGGAGGAGAACGAGGCGCGGGAGCUGAACCUGCUGUACGCGAGUCAGACGACCAGCGCGCCGCACCACUACGCCGACAUGUCGGAGGAUUCACCAGUUCAGAAACGCGCUCGCAUCACAGAAGUGUGCUCCAGUCCUUCACCGCCUACAGAAUCGCAGCCAGAAUCCAAGACUCCCGCUGCCACCCCGCCGCUCGCCACCCCACCCCCUCGCUCUCCCUCAGACCACGAGCUCAACGUGGAAGAGGAACUCGAAGAAACAGAACCCUCACUAACUCCCGAAAACCUCUCAAUGAAGGAGCAAAGAGACGAUGUAUCAGUGAAGAAGGAAGAAGAAGAUAAAUGGGAGAACCCUGACUUCAAAUACAAAAUGUUCAGGAGGGAGAGGAAAGAGACAGUUGAGACUCCCCCUGAAGAUCCUUCUCCUUAUCAGAAGUCUCCUGUAGAUGUGCUAAUAAAGGUGUUCCCUCGACGCAGCCGGCAGGAGAUUGAGGGGAUCCUAGCAAGGUGUAAAGGGGACGUGGUAGCUGCUAUGGAGAUGAUGAUCACAGGGGAAAACUCAAACCCUUACCAAGUGACUCAAGAGUCUCCUCCAUACAUGCAGUACCAGUCAAAAUCUGCCUUCUCUCCGCUAUCAAACCAGAGUUUCAAAUUCUCUCCAUCACGGCGGUUUCUGACGCCACCCUACAGUGGGACCGGGUACCUUCCGACGGUGAUCAGACCUCCUCCGGAGUACCUGUCCUCGUUCAUGCCUCCUUCGGAGCUGAUGUAUGGGAGGCAGCUGCAGGUACCCUCGCCUGGCACCUCUCCGACGUCGGAUAACACGAAUAAUGAAGGUUUCUCCGAUUAGGGGUACCUGAAAUACUGGACUGUGCUGUAGUAAGCGCGGAUUGUAGACAUAUUGACAAUAUUGUCAUAAUGAUGACAUAUUGUCGAUUCUGGAGUUGAAUCUCUGUUUUGUUGAGUGCAGUGGUUUUUACUGACAAAAGAAAAAACUGCAAGUGAAGAUUUCAUUUUGUAAUACAUAUUUAUUUCAUUGUGUUUUACAACUUCUAUGUUCUUACAUUAAACGGAAACUGUAACUGAAAGUUAGAUCAGGCAUAAAGCUCAAGCAUUACAAGUUUACCUAUGAAGCAAAACAUGCAUCUCUGAAAGAAAUAUAUCUAUUAAUCUUUAUUAUUUUUGUCUGCUUAAAAGGAAUGUCUCUAGUAGUAUUUAAGCCUAUUGUAAAUAUUUAAAUAUGCUUGAUUAUGAAUGAUAGAUAUUAUUACACAUACGUACUAUUUAAUAAUAUGCAGAAUAGUUAGAUGUAGUAAUUCGCUGUAGUUGUAGGAGUUUAUGAGAUUGUCGCGUGGAACGCUGUACAAACAUGUAAAUAGAUUAAUAAUAUGAAAGUACUAUUAAUAAUAGAUUUUCUAGAUUUUAUUGGAGUGUAGUUUAUUGGGCAAUCGUUUUGUGAUUGCUGAAUAUUAUAAUUUUAAUUAAAAUCUUAUCAGCUUUGAAAUCCGCCAAUAUUUUUAUUAGGAACAAAAGUGAUUAUUAUUGUACUUUAUUAAAUACUUGACAUUCCAUAUUUUUUAUUCUGAAUAUAAACAAAAUUGUAAAUAAUGCUUCAGAUAGAAAAAGUAGGUCUGACAUUAAGAGAACAGUGAUUUAUUUUAAAAUAAUUCUAUUAAUAAUCUACUUAUUAUUUACUCAUUUGAUUAAUAAUUGUAUGUAAUAAUAAUACUCUUCGCUAUUAGUGUUCAAUAGUUAGUUAAUAUAGAUAGAUGUUAAUGUACAUAGUAGCGUUAGACAAAUGUUUACCCGUAAUGUUUAGACGCGAUAAUAACUAUAUUGUAAUGUAAAAUAAUAAUAAAUAAACGUGCUCAAU